AUGGCCGCCCCCCCCGCCAGCGCGGCAUUCGCUGCGCACUACUCCCUCGGCGCCGACAAGCAGUCCUUCGACCUCAACCUGCAGCACGGCCACAAGGACCUCGUCCAGGCCGUCGCCUUCAACACCUACGGCGACCGCUGCGCCACGGGCACCGUCGACGGCAAGAUUCGAGUCUUCAACCGGCACAAGGAUGCCACGUGGCGCAUGUGCGACACCUGGACCGCCCACGGCGGCGAGGUGCUCGAGCUGCAAUGGCUGCCCGCCACCAUCUACCCCAACCUCGUCGCCUCGCUUGGCAUGGAGGGCUGGUUCCGCCUGUGGGCCGAAGACCCCUCCGCCGCCCCCGGCCGCCGCUUCUGCGCCGGCCGCUCCGUCAGCGGCCGCCCGGCCUUCGACACCCGCUCCACCCGCGCUCCCUACCGCUCCUUCUCCAUGAAGCACAACGAGGAGACGCGCCACACCUAUCUGGCCCUGCUCGCCACCGAUGGCCGCCUCACCGUCUUUGAAAACGACCAGCCCGAGAACCUGUCCGAGUACACGUCCAUCGACGACUUUGCCGUCUGCCCCCGCCCCAGCCGCGGCGAGGAGGUCUCCUUCAAGGUCCGCUUCGACCCCAACCCGGAGCCGUGCUACACCGCCCUGCGCGCCGGCGUGCCCUCGGACGCCCUCGGCUUCGUCGUCGCCGCCAUGGACGCCGUCAGGAUUUACCGCUCGCGCGACGUCAUCACCACCUCGUACGGCGUCUCGCAGACGCAAAAGGAGUUUUACCUCGCCGCCGAGAUCCCCGGCCACCGUGGCCUGGUCCGCGACGUCGCCUGGGCGCCCGGCAACAUACGCGGCUACGACGUCAUCGCCACCGCCUGCCAGGACGGCUACGCCCGCGUCUUCCGCCUCGAGACGCCCUAUUCCGACGCCGACGGCAAGUCGUGGUCCUCGGCCGACCUCCUCAAGCCCGCCGGCCACGGCCCCAAGGAGUCGCUCACCAAGGACGAGGCCGACGCCCACCAGCACCCCUCACACCCGUCCACGCUGAGCGCCAGCCUGGCAAAGUCGGGCGCCCAGGGCGAACGCCAUUGGUCCGGCCAGCCCGGUCAGGUCAAGCACACCUUCCGCGAGGUGUCGCGCCUCGACAGUCACCGGACGCCCGUCUGGCGCAUCGGCUUCGACGACGACGGCCAGAUCCUCGGCAGCACCGGCGACGACGGCCGCCUGCUGUGCUAUCGCCCGAUGCCCGACGGUGCCUGGGCCAAGAGUUCCGAGCUGGUCAUGAUGAAGGCCAGGAUGGCUGUGCCUUGA